GUGGCGCGCAUUGUUUUCAUAUACUUAUUUCAUUCGUUUUAUAGCUCUUAUAGUGCAUAAAAGAGAAAAUGAAUAGUUAGGAAAGUCGUUAAUUCGUUACUGUAACAAUUUUAAAUAUCGAUUUUCCUAAUUUCCGGUUUUCACAAGAUGGAGUGGACGUGAUAAACCGACAAUGACGUCGACAGACACAUAUCAGUUGAAAUGGCACUCGCACAGUUCACAUUUGAACGGGUCCGUGGCGGCUUUGCUGCGCUCGGAGCGGUUCACAGAUGUGGUGCUAUGCACGAUGGACGGGUCACAGAUCCCGGCUCACAAGUUCAUCCUGAGUUCGUGCAGUGUUUACCUGAGCGGCUUGUUCGAGGGCCAGCGACAUGUCACGCGGAUGGGCGGCAUGCUGUACGUCGUUUUGCCUUCCGAGAUAUCCACAAAGGCGCUCAAGAUUUUAGUGGAAUAUAUGUACAAAGGUGAAACAACAGUUUCAAACGAAGUUCUAGAUACAGUAUUAAAAGCCGGUGAAGUCCUAAAGAUCCGUGGCUUAUGGCGGCAAACAGAUGAGGCUGGGGACCCUCCAGCGGAGAAGACUACCACACAAGUAGCUAGCGUUAACAAACAGCCGGCCAAGAAGCCGGAGGACUUACAGCCUAAGAUAGCAGUCAAGAAGGAUGAUAAAUUACUUAAGACUUUCACACCUAUGCAGCAGCAAGGGGUCACAAGACCCAUGUUCAUCGGGCCACCCAAACUGGUGUUUAUCAAGACCAGUGAAGGAGGUACGCAGGCAGCGUUGCGGUCGGCCGGGCCCAAGGGUCAAACUAUACUGGUCGCCCCAGCGCCCUCCCAAGACACUUCCACAACCCCGGCCACUACUACCACUACUUCUACUUCUAUAGCUAUAGCGUCCACGACGAUAGCGGACGACUCGCCGGACGAGGCGCCGGCGCCGCGCAUCCUGCGGCGGCACGCGGCCGAGCGCAAGUACGGCAAGCGCCAGAAACACGACGACGACGACAAGGACGCCGAGGACGCUGCCUCGAAAAAGUCAACCGCCAGCAACAAUGACCCAGACGUCUCGAUAAAGGAAGAGCCAGAAUGGGACGCGUCCAGCAUAGAAGAGGAGGAGCGCUCCAUCGCUGAAAUGUUCCAGCAAGAGAUGAGCGUCAAACAGGAGCCUGAAGACGUGGAUAUCGAUGAGGAGGGACUGGUAUACAGCCCUUUGGCGUGCGAGCUGUGCGCAGAGGUGUUCACACUGCCCGCGGCGUGGGUGCGGCACGUGGAGGGACACGCGCGCGCCGAUCACACGCACGCUCGCAAACGCAAGCAUCGCUCCGCGAGCGAUGACACCGAAGAGACUAUGGCGCUGCUCCGCUGCGAUUUGUGCCAGAAACACUUCCCCAACCCCGCGGAGUGGGUGCGCCACGUGCAGAGCACCCACACCGAAACAGAAUUGGCCAUAUCAAACAACAGUGCCCCACCAAAACGUCACAAUCGUUUCACAGAGGGCGCGCAAAACAAGACUUGCUCGCACUGCAAGAAAACGUUCCCGUCGCAUGCAUCCAUGCUUAUACACAUGAGGACACACACGGGCGAGCGCCCGUUCGUUUGCGGACUGUGCAACAAAGGUUUCAACGUGAAGUCUAACCUGCUGCGGCACCUUCGCACGCUGCACGACCAGAUUAUAAGCCCUGCCCUCGUUGAGGGCGAGGCGGACGAUGAGCCCGAGGGACCGAGCGAGGUGAAGCGCGAGUCCUGAGGCCGCGGGGGGGCGGGCGCGAGCCGGCGCGGGCGCGCGGUGUUGCCGCGCAAGCAGAGCUACUCGCUGUUCCUCAAGCAGCGCGCCGUGCUCUUCUCCGCCAAGAAGUGGAAGCAGUAGCGACCUACGCCGACACAGCCGGACCGGCUAAUACAGCCUGUCAGACCAUUUCCCUCACUAGAAAAAAAAAGCAUUUCGUGCCUUUUCUAGUGACAGACUCGGUUGACCGGCUCACUUGACUAGCCGGCUCACACAGGGCGCGCAGUGCGCGCGUUUACCGAGGCAGUGUUCUGCCUCGACCGAGAUACGUCCACAUUGACCAUUUGUUGCGCGACGUUGUUUGCUGUGUGAAACCGCUUACUUGAAAACUGCAGUGUGGUUUGUGAUGCCGAUAAAAGACUACAAACUAAUAGAAAAUGCUUGGUUUUCUAUAUGUAAUUUAUAACUCAAUUAUAAUGGUUCGAUCGGUCUUGGAAAACAUAAUGAUUCUUUGGAUUUUUGCAAAUGUUUUCUACACAAUCUAAUUAUGUUGAAAUUUACAAAUCGAUUCCUUACAGCUGACAUGAACGAAACUGAUCUAUUAAAUCACCACCGUGAUUUCAUAAGAGAAGGACCUUCUCUUUGUUGAUUGCAAAUCAGUAGCAUCACUCAUAGGCCAGUUUCGAUGACUCGAUCAGUAUCAAAUAUUAUCAAUAACCAAUAAUAGGUACCAUACAAAAAAUACUUCAAACUACUAU